UGGAAGUCUAGACUCCCGAGUGAACUUACUAAGUACAAACUAGCAAAUAGGGAAAUUGCGUACUUUAGUUGGUCAGAUUUUUAUUACGUUGCACUUCUUAGCCCUCGUGAUUUUUCCGACACACAUUUCCUCGAACUUGAUCUUUCUUGAUGUUUUCGAUCGAGGUUAUGGAAAGGUGGAUAAGAGUUACGUUUUGGACUGCUUGUCGUCAGCACUACCGGAAGUUGAAACAUGAAACUCAUCGACGGUGAAGCGGAAGAAUGACAGUCGGUGUGAUACAUAUGUUUCUGUGUGUCAAGUCCUUAAUGAUACUGGACAAAUUUGAAAAUUUGAAAACCUAAAAGGAAACGGCAUACUGCAUGCGUUAAGCUACUUUCCUGGACAACGUGUGGUCGGGAGACGAACGAUAAGACGGUGAAAACUUCCCGAGACAAAGAAGCAGCAGAAAAGGAUGAAUCUCCUCCCCCACAGACAGAUGAGUCAUCUACUCAAAACAUGGAGGAUGUGGCAGAUGGGAAUGGAGGCUGCACCCUGGCCAGUCUCUGGUUUUUACUGCAGGAAGUUUACUACCUCAAACUCUUUAGAACCAGACCCAAUAGAGAUCCACAAGAGAAAGCUCCUCCUAUGGUUUAGCCACCUUCCUCAGGAGGAAAAACAGUUUGGAGGUUUCUUCAGCCCUGAGACCAUGCAUGUCGACCCACUGAUCCUUGAAACUGAUGCUGAGGAGAGGGCAGGACUACUCAGCUCUCCAUUCCAAACCCAAACACACUGUAAUCACUCUGUAACUGUGGAACAGCUGUUUCAGCACACUGAUACCUGGAAUGAUGGCCGGGGGCUCAAUGUCCUCAUCUAUGGUGCUGUGGGAACAGGGAAAAGUACAGUGGUCCGAAAGCUGGUGCUAGAUUGGUGUGCUGGCACCACUCUGAGCCACUUUCAGCUGCUGAUUCCUUUCUCUUGUGAGGACCUCAGUCAACUGUCAAAGGUUACGUCUCUAAGAGACCUGGUGAGCAGGAAGUACCUACACCUGAAAAAACACCCCCUUCUAAGUGGGGAGGGAAAACAGGCCAAGGAUGUGCUCUUCCUUUUCAAUGGAAUGGAAAAGAUGCAACUGGAUUUCCGAAUUGGAGCCUCAGAGCUUUGCAGUGAUCCUAAUGAGGGACUGCCUCCAAGUGUAGUUGUGGUAAACCUGCUAAGAAAGUAUCUGUUGCCUGAGGCCAGCAUUUUGAUUACGACAAGACUGUCUGCUUUGGACUGUAUCCCUCAGAAGUAUGUUACUCGUUACGCACAGAUACGUGGUUUUAAUGACCCAUCACGCCAGCGGGCGUACUUCACCAGUCGCCUUCUAAAGCAGAGUGACACUGCACAUAACCAAGAGGCCCAGGAUCUUGUAGAACUGCUUUACCUCAACCUCCAGAGAGAAAGCCAACUUGCUGCUGCAUGUUUCCUUCCAUCGUACUGCUGGCUCACUUGUGCAACCUUACACUUUCUGCGUUUUACCAAUACCAAAGCCCCCAUCCGCACUCUAACUGGCAUAUACACAAGUUUCCUCAGGCUCAAUUUUGGGGGUGAAGUGCUCGGUACAGGAGCAGGGACGGACAUGCCCAUUCAGGAACACCAAAGUUCUCUGAUGUUAUAUGUUGUCCGUACAGUAGGUAAGCUUGCAUUUGAAGGUGUGACAUACAAACGCACAUCCUUCUCAGAAGCAGAACUAGAGCAGUGGAUAGGAGGGAAGACAAAGACAGAUGAGGAGCUUCAUCAGCUGGCCAUGUUCCGCACCGAUGUACUAGACUUCUUUUUGGCUCCUUCCAUAGAAAGUGGUAAAUCUAUAUCACAAGACCUAAGGGAAAACAAUGAGACGCAGUAUGUGUUUGCUGUCCCAGCCAUGCAAGAAUACCUGGCAGCACUCUAUGUAGUUCUAGGAGAGAACAAAUCCGCUCUUGAGAAGCUCACCAAGAAAGUAUCUGUGGCCAUUGGUCAGGCAAGUGAGGAUGUCAAUGCCCUUGUUAACAUCUUUUCUAAGUUAAUUCCCCUCCGAAUUUUUGCAGUAUUCAAUCUUCUUAAGCUUUUUCCAAAGCUCUAUGAGAAAAUCAGCAGUCUCAACAAAGGCAGUAUAGCCAGAACCAUGGCAGCUGAGCUGUUCCACACUGAGGAUAGCUACAACGAGGAUGUCCUUGACCAGGUAGAGCAAAACCUUGUAGGAGUCCAUGGCCCACAGCAACAGCAGUACAGUGAACGUCAACCUUUUGAGCUGUACCCUAUCUUCAUGGGUGGGCUAUUGCACUAUGGUAACCGUGUGCUUCUCCAACAACUUGGCUGCAGCAUUCAAAGCACCACUGUGGCCCAGAUCACCCAUGCCAUUAGGAAAUACCUUGUUAGAGAGCUUAACAAGCCACAACCACCAGAAGAGCUGAUGGAUCUGUUGGUCCUUCUAUAUGAGUUCCAGAACCCCAGACUGACUGCAGAGGUUGUAACUUCAAUCAGAGCUAUCCGCCUCACCAACAUUCGUAUGACUUCACUUAAAUGUUUCAUACUGAGUUCUGUGCUUUCCUGCACCCCUGCAAGUUACUACCUUGAAGAACUGGACCUAUCCUCCUGUCUCCUGUAUAAUGACACGCUUCAAAUGCUGUGCCCUGCCUUCAGACACACAUACAACCUCAAUCUGCAGUUUAACACCCUUGGUCCUGAGUCCUGCAGUCUGCUGAGAGACCUACUGCUAGAUCCCAGGGGUGUUAUUAGAUCUCUGAAAUUGUGUGACAACCCUCUUAUGGAGUCUGGAGUCCAAAUCCUGGUGGAAGCCCUGCCAGAGAAUCAGUCCCUGACAAACUUGUCCCUGAUGCACACUGGACUGGGGGAUGAGGGUGUCCUGGAUCUGGCUAAGAGGCUCCAACAACACAGAAGACUCCAGGAGCUCAACGUGGCCUAUAACAAUAUUGGAGACGACGCAGCUCUACUUCUGGUAGAUGCCUGUAGAGAACAUCCCAGCAUUCAGACUGUACAUUUAUAUUUGAACCCUCUCAGUAAAGUGGCGAAGCAGUCCCUGUAUGCCCGAGGUGUUCCCCGUAGCCACAGUGGCCAACGGGUCAAGGUCCUGGCUUCUGUCACUGAAGGGACAGACCUCUCUGAGAACUGGCACCCCAUUCUCAAUGUUAUACGAGAGAACUCCUCAUCCUGGGAUCAGCAGCAUGUCAUACAGCAACUAAAGGUGGCCAGAAUGCACAGAAAUCCACAUUUUACCUUUAAUCCAAAGGAAGGGAUUGACAACCCAGCUCUGGUCAUGACUGAUGAUCCUGAUCCAAGCGUGGUGCCGAGACUGUGCCACCUGAAGCGUUCAGAGGGCCAAAGCUUUGGCUUUCAUCUGUGUAUGUACAGCCAGGGUUUUGAGAUCACAGAUCUGGAUCCAUGGAGUCCUGCAGAGCACAGUGGCCUCAAGGAUGGAGAUCGAGUACUGGAGGUGAAUGAGGAAUAUGUGGUCAACAUGGAUUUUAGCAGGGUUGUGAGACAGAUCCAGUCAUGUGGCUUACACCUAUUUCUUCUGGUGCUGAAGAGGGAAGAGUAUGAAUGGGCAGUGUCUAUGGGCGUGGACCUAAAAUUCCUGGCCAAUGCCACCAAAGGGGAUCGCUGGUCUCGACCCAGGCUAUGUCACAUCCAAAAACAGCCAACGCAUGGCCUAGGAAUGACUAUUGUCUCAGUCGAUGGUGAAAAGAAUCAAUAUAUGGUGAGAACAGUUAUUGAUGGUCCAGCAGAGAAAGCGGGUAUCUUCAGUGGUGACAGACUGAUCUGGAUCAAUGGACUGAUGGUGUCCACUCUCAGAUACUCAGCUCUCAUCAGAACUGUGAAGAAGAGUGGGGAUUCAGUGACAGUGCUUGUUAUUGACAGUGACAGUGAGUCAUGCUAUAUCAGAAGGAAAAUUCCCAUCAUGCCUGUGGUGGCACAAAGCUGCAGCCUCCCCCACAAAGCUAAGACCAUGAAUCUGGUGAAGGGAAGUGAUGGAUAUGGCUUCCUGUUGAGACAAGAAAAGCUGGCAAGCACACAACAAAAAGUUCAUGUGCUGAGAGAAGUGGAUGUGGGGAGUCCAGCUCAGGGUGCAGGAAUGGAGGAGGGAGACCUGCUGCUUGCUGUCAAUGGGGAACCUAUUGAGUCCAUGGAGCAUGAAGACAUUGUUAGAAAGAUUAGACAGAGUGGGGAUAAAGUCUCGCUUACAGCUAUAUCUAUUCCAGGAAGAGACUUUUACAGAGAGUUAGGCAUUUCUCCUCUGUUAUUCCAUGAAGACUGUUCUCACCACUGCAUAAAGAACUGGGAGGACGCUCCUCUAAGAAAACCCACAAAGUAUAAUCAGGACAGAGAGGAGGCUGACUCUGGUUUCUACUCAGGUUAUGUCGCAGAAAUGCCAGAAACCGUAAGGAUACAGUAUACUGGCAAAGUGAAGGAUCUGGUCAAAGACAAUAAAGACCACUUUGGUAUGAUAGUGGACUCAGUAGAGAAUGAGAAUUUACCUCGAAAUUUACCGUAA